UAUUCCAUUUCGUUAAUAAAACAAAGCAGUGGAAAUGAAACAACGCUUCAAGCCUCUGUUUCCCAUCAACGAACAAUUGACAGAGCUGCCGGACAGCCCUUCUAGUCCCAUAAAUCUCCUUCCUUUCGCGUCAUUCCGGGCGGUCCUUUCCUCCGAUGGGUCCUUCAGUAUUUUCAGUCCUUGGAGUGUUAAUCUAUGUGUCGGUUUUACUGAGCUCUUCCCUCGCCGACCCGAGGACCACACAGGUGACCCGGAUAUGCACCAACAGGACAGCUCUUGCUGCCAACCGCGUCACUUUCGUGGCCAACUUUGUUGCAGCGAUGGAUGGACUCACCCGUCAGCUCUUUGCCCAGGGAUACGGUUCGGUGGUGACUGGGAGCGGGAGCAAUAUGGUCUACGCGUUCGGAGAGUGCAUGAGGGACCUCUCGCAGACCGACUGCGACCUCUGCUUCGCUCAGUGCAAGAUUCAGAUCCCCCGGUGCUUCCCCUUUCAGCUGGGCACUCGUGCCGGUCGAAUAUUAUAUGAUGGGUGUUAUCUUCGGUAUGAUGACUAUAACUUCUUCAACGAGAGCCUGGGUCCAGUUGAUUCCACCAUUUGUGCAACUGAACAGUUCAGCGGGAAUACUACCGUCUUUGAGGAUUACGUGACAGAGCUGGGAAAGAAUUUGACCUUGGAAGCUCCCAAGAAAGACGGGUUCUUUGUUGGGUCAGUGACUGGAGGGAACACAUCAGUUUACGGUUUGGCUCAGUGCUGGAAAUUCACGAAUGACUGCAGGAAGUGCUUAAAUGAUUCGUUCUCGAGGAUCGCUUCUUGCCCGCCGAGAAGAGAGGGGAGGGCUAUCAACGCCGGGUGUUACCUGAGGUACUCCACGGAGAAGUUUUAUUACAAUAACACCGUCACUGCUGCAGCUGGAAGAAACACAGGACGCCGAUUGGCUAUUAUUGUCGCAACAACAUCCUCGGCCUUUGCGCUCCUUCUGAUUGUUGCCGUAGCGGGAAUCGUGAGGAGAAAAGUUUCGGAAAAGAGAAGAGAGAGGAGGCUGCUUGGCCUUUUAGCGAACACCGUGAACAAGUCCAAGCUUAACUUUUCAUACGAAACUCUCGAGAAAGCUACGAACUACUUCGACUGCUCCAACAAACUGGGCCAGGGUGGAUCUGGUUCUGUGUACAAAGGAAUAUUGCCGAACGGGAAGCCCAUUGCAAUCAAGAGGCUCGUGUUUAAUACGAGACAGUGGGUCGAACAUUUCUUUAAUGAAGUCAACUUGAUCAGUGGCAUUCAUCACAAGAAUCUCGUCGGCCUGUUGGGCUGCAGCAUCACUGGUCCUGAGAGCCUUCUUGUCUACGAAUAUAUCCCGAACUUGAGCCUCCUUGAUCACCUUUUUGUGAAUAAGGACGUCGAACCAUUGAAUUGGGAGACGAGGAGCAAGAUCGUUCUGGGCACAGCAGAAGGAUUGGCAUAUCUCCAUGAGGAGUCCAGCUUACGGAUCAUUCACAGAGACAUCAAACUCAGCAAUGUUCUGCUCGAUGAUGAUUUCGCGCCUAAAAUUGCCGAUUUUGGCCUUGCGCGAUUAUUUCCCGAAGACAAAACUCACAUAUCCACUGCCAUUGCCGGAACAUUAGGCUACAUGGCUCCAGAAUAUGUAGUCCGUGGCAAGUUGACCGAGAAGGCAGAUGUCUAUAGCUACGGAGUUCUUGUGAUCGAAGUCAUCACCGGGAAGAGAAAUAACUCAUUUUUCCAGAAAUCUUUCUCCAUCUUACAAACGGUCUGGGACAUGUAUUCAAGCGGAAGAUUGUGUGAAGCAGUCGAUCCAGUUCUAAAAGGCAAGUUCCGAGGAGAGGACGUAUCUAGAAUCCUUCAAAUCGCUCUCCUCUGUGUGCAAGCCUCUGCAGAUCUUCGGCCAAGAAUGUCGAUGGUCGUGAAAAUGCUAUCUGAUGAUUGUGACAUCCCUUCACCAACACAACCGCCCUUCUUAAGUUCCAGUCAUUCCGCAUCAACUGAGAGACAGCGGUCAGUUAUCAGCGGUAAUUUCCAGCCUGAAUCGGACUCCCAUUCUUCAGGCAACACGAAGACCGAGAGCUUCAUCGGGCCUAGAUAGAGCAUCAUACUGAAGAAGUCCUUUCGGUGAGGUGGAUGAUAAUGCCAAACCUUCAAUCCUCACUCGAUCCCAAGUUCACAUUUGACUCCGUUAUGUUUCAGCGGACCAGGACAUGUCCAGAAUUAUUCUCCCAUACAUGUUCAAUGUACACAGGUCAUUUUCACUAGAACGAUUACGACUGUAUGAGUUUGGUGAA